AUGAGCGAGUCGUGGACUUACAACACCCCGCCGGGGACACCGUCCACGGGACCCCAGAUCACGGCCAUCGCGUUGGUGUUUACGGCGCUGUCGUUGAUCAUCAUGAUGUUGCGGUUAUACGUCCGUGUGAUCAUGCUCAAGGCCGCUGGUUCAGAUGACUGGGUCAUCUUCGCAACGUGGUUCGCGGCUGCCGGAUUCGCAAUCGUCAGCACUAUCCAAACGAAAUGGGGCUUGGGUCUCGAAAAGCUGGAGGACAUGCCUGCGCAAAAUUUGUACAACUUUGGUCUCCUGCAAUACGCCGGCGCUCCUUUCUACAUCAGCAGCAUUCUCGGCUUCAAGAUCAGCUUGCUUCUCUCAUAUCUUCGUUUCAUCCCGAAGGGUCCCUACAGAUGGGCAACUUUCGUCACCAUCGGUCUCUGCGUUGCGUAUCAUCUUGCCUUCCUGCUGGUGCAGAUAAAUCUGUGCACGCCUGUAGGUUUCUCUCAUCUCUUGUUCCAAGACAGAACGAAUAUUGACAAAGAACAGAUCGCGAAGCAAUGGGACCCCACGAUCACCAAUGGGUCCUGCAUUCCUGGAGUUCCCUUCUACACCAGUAUGGCGUCUCUUACGAUCGCAUUCGAUGUCAUUGUGUAUGUUCCCCAAAUCAAACCUGCUUUAAAACGCCAGCUAACAGUCGGUCUCCUCAGCAUGUUCCUCCCCUUCCCCGUACUCGCAUCCUCCAAGAUCCAAAAGCGCAAGAAGUUCGUCCUCCUCGGUCUCUUCGGCCUCGGCGCCUUCAUCACCGUCAUCCAAAUCAUCCGAAUUCAAACCGUCCACGCCCUUGCAAACUACCUCGACUCCUCGCCCCUCAUCAUGUGGUCCGCCAUCGAGAACAACCUCGGCAUCAUCGUGUGCUGCAUCCCGACCCUCGCGCCCCUCGUCAAAUACUUCAACGAAAAGAGCAGAUCAGGGAGCCGAAGCAACAAGUACGGUGCCGCGAGCGGCUACGGAAAGUCGGGGCAGAGCGGCAAUGUCGGAAGCAGGUACGCGCUGCAGAGCUGGCGGCCGGGGAUGAGCGGUAUGCAGCCGCUCGGCAGCGGAAUCGACCACAGCGAUCGGGAUAUUGGGGUCCAGAGUUCAAGGAUAGGGAAGGGGUCGGAUGACGGCAGUGCCGAUUAUCAUCUUGAUGCGCCGGUCAUCGUUAAGAAGACGGAGUUUGUGGUUACGAGCAAUCCUAGGGAGCCAGGGGAGGCUGUUUGA